AUUUUUUGCCAUUACAAGAACUAUUUUAAAAGCUAGCAUAUAUUUCUAGCAUAGAUAGAUUGCUAUCAUGAGUGAUUCCACUCCUAAACAUAAGUAUCAAAAAUACAAAAUACGUGUGAAAACAUGGGAGCGCGAUUUCAAGCGCAAAUUUUCACGAGUUCCCUCUAAGUAUGAUAUCCGUGAGGCGCCACAAGAAAUACGAGAUGCUUACAAAAUGUACUACAAAUUAAAAACCUCAUUGCUGGAGGACACAUUGAAUGGUGUUUUUGAUGACGACGGAUUUAGUGUUCUUGAAAUAUCGCAGAGUCAAAGCGAAUUAGCCCCAAAUGAAAGUUCACAAAUGUCCAGUAGCAUUGCCGCGCUAGUCGGUAGUGCAACAUCUUCAAAUAUGCUAGAUGAAUUAAAAACGACCAAUGAAACGAAAAGAAAAGUUUUGACAUAUUCAGAUUUCGAAGAGAAAGUAAUUAGAGAAUUUGAUGCGGUAGAAUUUUGUGAAUUAAAUGAAAAAGCAUGGGGACCCGAACUAAGUAUACAAAACUCAAAGACUGAGGAAGAAGUUGACAAAAGUCCCAGCGAACCAGGUGCCUUGAAAAAGCCUUUCACAUCAAGUUUAUGUGCAAAACUUUUAAAGGCAUCAUCAUUCAGUAAACGCAAUCCAAGGAAGUCACUUUCUCGUGUUAAUUCCGGUAUAGGUACACCAAUAUCGCGUCAAGAAUCUUUGAGUAAUACAUCGCAGCAAUCGGAAGUUUUACCCGAUUUAGAGACAAUACUAGUACAAAAAGCUAAGGAGCAACAAGCAAUGGCAGCGGUUACUGUCAAUCCAUUAUUAGCAGGCAAGGACACCGCUACACAACUAAAUAUAGAUGCCGGCUGGCUUAACCGUAACACCAUCGAUGAAGGACUAGAAGGAGGUGUAGAGAUUAAAGCGCAAUCAGCUAAAUCACUGCCGCGAACUCCAAUAGUAGAGAAGCGUUUUGGACUGAGCAAUAUCAAUGUCAAAACUGUGGUACCCUUGACUAAUAAUAUUAAUAUAAAACAUGAAGAAACGUUAAAAACAAAUGUGGAAAAUAAACCAGAAACAGCACACAACACACUCUUAGAGGCAAGUGCGGUUGUUAUUAACGAUAUUAAUGGUGACUCCGAUUCAGUUGUUUCUGAUAGCGGUGGUGAGGAAGCGGAGCAGGCUUAUGUACAUGUCGCCAAAAGGCGCAGGGUGUUGAAAACAAUUGAAAAAAAUCAAACGAUUGAAAGUAGUGAUUUACCAGUGAAAAAUAACGAGACAAAUGAUAUGAAAGCAACAGUUACUAAGGAAGAUUCUGCUACUUUGGAUGCUCCUCAAGAGGAGAUAAAACUUUAUGAUUUCUCAGCAGAUGACAAUGAUGAUGCUGACUAUUCACCUCCGAAAGCUAAGAAAGGAGCGCGCAAAACUGUUAAGCCUGUUAAGAAGACAACCAAGGAAGCAAAACAAAAAACUAAAGAAAAUGCUAAGAAAACAAAAACAAUAAAUUCUCAAAGAACAAGUAGGACUAGAAGUAAUAAUACCAAAAAAGGAUCUGACAUAGAUAAGAACGAUGUUACUGCUACGAACGUUGAAGAGGUAAACGAAGAACCAGAUGAAAAGCCGCCAGAAGCAGCUAUGUUGCGUUAUACAAUGUUGCUCGAGAGUGGCGACCUUACAAGUACUCCCCGGGUACCAAGCAGUGAGCUGGAGAAAGCCGACGAUGUUGCACAGCGGUAUAUAAAUAGCACACAUGUGGCAUUCGCCAAAGCGGAGGCAGCAGCGACUAGUCAAAAACCUACACCUUUGCCAAUCAUCGAUGAGAAGCGUGCGGCAGCACGAAAGAAACUUGAAGAAAAAAUUGCCGCUGGUAAACUUAAUGAGAAUUAUGUAUCGAUAAAUCUGCAAAAGAAGAUAUAUGCACGCGGAAAACGAAAUGUUAAUUUCUCUAAAUAUAAGAAAAAAAUGUGGCGCCACAAAAAGAAAAUUGCUGCACUUGCCGGUCCGGAUAUGGAUAUGGGCGGUUGUGAUGGCGGUGUACUAACAUGUUUCACUUGCGGGCAAGUGGGGCAUUUCGCAGCACAGUGUAAGAUAAAGGGCGACUCAUUAUUGCCUCUAACAGCACAACUUGAGGAGGACCCCUCACCAUUUCCCACCCUUGAAGAAGCUGAGCGUAUGGCUGCUCAGAAUGCUAUGGUGGCACACAGUAGAAAUAUAUCAAGAUUACCAGCUGCAGCGAAUAAAGCAAUGUAUCAAAAAAAUGAGGAAGACACUGAACUACAUCAAAAUUCCGAUCAUGAGUCAGUUGCAGGCAAAGACAGUAAUGAUGAUGUCUCAGAAGGACAUGAUAGUGACUCCUCUGCAAAUGACGAUAACGAAAAUAUAGGUUUUGAGAGCGAUGAAGAAUUUGAAAACAUUAAUAUUGAUGAGGUUACCACAUCGGCAUCUCAAGAGUCACCUAUUAAAAAAUAUGUGGGUCAUAAAAUACCGGAAGAUUUUCUAAAAAAAGUUGGUCUGAAUUCCAAUUCUGAAAAUGGUAAAACAUCUGAUACACAAUUCGGUGGAAUUCAACCCAUUUAUGAACUCGAUGCCGAUGGUAAUGUGCGCGAGGACAUACCCGCCGAAGUCACAGAGGCGCUACGUAUGUUUGGGCAUGUAAAUUUCCGAAAGGGUCAAGAACGUGCCAUUAUGCGUAUAUUAUCUGGCGUGUCAACUUUGGUUACGUUAAGUACAGGCAGCGGUAAAUCAUUAUGUUACCAAUUACCUGCUUACCUAUACAGUCAUCGUAGGCGUGCAAUAACAUUAGUUAUAUCGCCACUCGUAUCACUUAUGGAAGAUCAGGUGACAGGUGUCCCACAUUUUUUGCGUGCCCAUUGCUUACACACCAAUCAAACGCCUCAACAGAGAAUCAAAGUAAUGGAAAUGAUAUCGGCGGGGGAAGUAGAUAUUCUAUUGGUGUCACCGGAAGCUGUGGUGGCUGGUGAACGUUCGACUGGUUUUGGUGCCAUUCUGCGUCAAUUGCCUCCAAUCGCUUUCGCUUGUAUUGACGAGGCGCAUUGUGUUUCUCAGUGGAGUCAUAAUUUUCGUCCCAGUUAUCUGAUGAUUUGUAAAGUGCUCAAAAAGAAUUUAGGUAUUCAAACGGUUUUAGGCUUGACCGCAACAGCAACUUUACCAACGCGUCUGAGUAUUAUCAGCCAUUUAGGAAUACCAGAUGGACAACGUGGUGUUAUUAGUGAUAUUCCAUUGCCAGAUAAUCUUCUAUUGUCGGUAUCAAAAGACGAGAAUAAGGACGCCGCUUUAUUAGAAUUACUUCUAAGUGAUCGGUUUAGUGACUGCCAAUCCAUAAUCGUUUACUGCACACGCCGCGAUGAAUGUGAGCGUAUCGCUUCGUAUCUCCGUACUUGUAUGCAGGAUCAAUGUAACGAUAAAAAUGCACCAGAAAGCGGUAAACGCAAACGAAAGCGCACUAAUUGGGCGGCAGAACCGUACCAUGCUGGCAUGCCGGCAUCACGUCGUCGUACAAUACAAAACGCUUUCAUGCGCAAUGAACUGCGCAUAGUUGUGGCCACUAUUGCUUUCGGCAUGGGCAUCAAUAAACCCGAUUUGCGUGCUGUCAUCCAUUACAAUAUGCCUCGCAACUACGAGAGUUACGUACAAGAGAUUGGACGUGCCGGACGUGACGGCAAACCGGCGCAAUGUCAUCUCUUUUUAGAUGCACGCGGUGGUGAUAAGUGUGAGCUACGUCGUCAUAUCUACUCCAAUUCGAUUGAUCGACAUGUGAUAAGAAAAUUAUUGCAACAUGUGUUUGUGCCGUGUGCCUGUGCCAAGAAGGAGACAUCAGAGGCGCAAUAUCAAAGAACGCAAGUUUCGCGAGGAAAUAUGUUGAACGCAACAAGCGCGGUUGAAAAUAAUCGCAUUUGUCCCGGCCAUGAAAUCGGUUUCUCGGUGCAGCGUACAGUUGAGGCAUUGGAUAUACCAGAAGAAAAUAUAUCCACAUUGUUAUGCUAUCUGGAACUGGAUUCUCGUUGGAAUAUCAGUGUGCUUAGCAAUGCUUAUACCAUGGCCAAGAUCAUUUCAUAUGGUGGUGCAAAGUACCUAAAACAUGCGGCCAAAGAAUGUCCACCUUUAGCAAUGGCAAUCGCAUUGGAAAUAAAACAAGAUAAAUUUAAGGAUGAUGCGAAUAUAAUUGAGUUUUCAGUGGUUGAUAUUGCUGCAGCGAUCGGUUGGAAUAGUGGCGUCGUAAAAUACCAAUUGAAAAAUUUGGAGUGGAUUGAAGUCGAUGGCUAUCCGCGACGUUCCCCCAUUAAUGUCAAUUUCCACGACAUCGGUUUUCGGUUGAAGGCGCCGGGAGAUUUUAUACCCGAAGAAAUAGAUGAUGCUCUUGAUACACUCUAUAAUCGUACAGUCGAACAAGAGAGAACACAACUCAUACAGCUACAGUAUGUGUUUCAAGGUCUAUCCUUGGUCGCCUACAACAAUUAUGUGCCGUGCAUGAGCGCCAACUAUGCUCCAGAUCGUUCUAAUCAACUUAAAGGUAUUAUACGCGAUUACUUCCAAAAUGAUUACCCUAAAGAAAUGAAACUAGAAACGGAUAAUUCAAAUGUAUCCGAUGGUGAUAUUGAACACGAUGUACUCGCGCUCAUUAGCAUGUAUCCAGAUAAUAAUUUCAGCGGUCGGAAUAUUGCUCGUAUUUUCCAUGGCAUAACAAGUCCAAACUUUCCAGCUGUUAUAUGGGGCCGUUGUAAAUAUUGGAGAGCUCACUCAAGCGUUGAUUUUAACCGGAUUCUAAAAUUGGCGAACGCUCUUAUUGUACGACGACGCAUGUAAUAAUCUAUUCGCAAUGGCUUUGGAGUAAAGACAUUCUUAUGCAUAGAGCGAAUUUUAAUUUGUAGAUUUUAUGAAAGUUCCAAAACAUGCAUAAACAUCAAUUCAUGUUUAUUUACGAUAUAAUUCGUUUUUACUAUAUAUGUAACUUAUUCAUAAACACAUUUUAGCUUUAUCAAUGCAUUUGCUCAAUUAAUUUAAUACAUUAGAAAUUUUAAUAUUGACAAAACUGAAAAGACUUCAAAUAGAAAUGCCUCUAAAAAUGGACUCCGUAUAAGAACGCAUUUUUUAUAAUUGCCACAGACUUAAUAAUUUAUGUAAAUUUACGCGUUAAGCUUUACUAUGCAUGCAAUAAGAAUAUUUUAAAUAAAGUUGACAAAAAAUA